AUGCUCGGGUCUCUGCUGCCUGUAGUGCCUGUCGCAAUCGACGCACAAAGUGCACUACGGAUGCUGGUCAAACGUCCUGCAACUACUGUCGGAGCAAGGGCCAUGAGUGCACCUUUCAGAGGUCUGACGAGAGGAAGAGGUAGAUACCCCCCAAUUUGCUCCAGCCAUGUGGAUGGUGCCCCUGACGGUUGGAGGCCCAAAUCCAAGGUGUAUCUGAACUCGCUGCUUGAAAACAUCGAAUCCCUUGAGCACCGGAUACGAGAAGCCGGUUUGGAACCUCCUCAGCUUCCUCAAAAGGUCACUCGAACGCAGCCAUCUCUGCAAUACGCACGCCCCACGCAUUCUUCAUCAGAAGCACCACCCUUGGAGGCAGCAACCUCGGAAAAUCAUUCUGACACUGCGCGCUCGCCAAAUGCAUGGCCGUUAAUCUUUCCAGACAACCAUGCUCACGAGUCACCUGCAUCAGCAGACGCAGUGUUGAUAUCGCAUAGGUCACCGGGCAGCACAAGUGGGCUUAACCUCUCCAAACCUAACAAUACGGUUCGUCCACGAAGUGCUUCCAAUCCUCCGAGGUUAAGCAAUAGGAAGAGCACAGUAUGGAAUCUGAUCUAUGGAAACGACCGACUUAUCUACGACAAGAGAACAGGUCGCGUCAGCUAUCUCAGCGCAUCCACUUCCUACAAGAUCUUUAUCAAGGACCACGCUGCCCUCGAGUCCACGCAUUUAGACAAGCAGUCCUACCGCAUCCUCGCCGAUAUUCCCGCAGACCUGGAGAGUUAUCUGAUGGAUCUUUUUUGGAACCAAUACAAUAACACGCUGCGCGUUGUGGACCAAGUUAAGUUCAAAGGCGACCAGAGCAGUGGGGGUACCACAUACUAUUCAGGACUGCUUCACCUCGUAUGCUUGGCUAUGGGUUUUCACUACGCGGACAAGACCCGGCCUGGAAUGCAACAAAUCACAGCCGAGGACAAGCAGAGUGUCUUCUGGCGCGAAGCGAAAUACAUGUUGGAUCGCGAGCUCAACGAUCCUGGAGGGCUCACGACUAUCCAGGCCAUGUUGAUCUUGAGCGACCUCGAAUGUGCGUGUGGUCGGGACGACUCGGCCGCUUUGUACAUCACCAUCUCAUGUCACCUCGCCUUCCAAUUCGGGCUCAACAUAGAUUGUUCAAGCCUGAAUUUGCCCGAGUCGAAAACGAAGUUUCGGAAGGAUGUAUUACGUUCGUGCAUAAUAUACGACCAGGCCUGGGCUUUGCACCUGGGAAGACCAACCAAUAUCAAACUCGCUGACGUGGCGAGCCCUUGCUUAAACACCCGCAGCUCGAAUUCCGGCGAGUCUGCACUUCGUCCACCACAUGCUAUUGCCAGUGAGUCCACUUCGUCAGAAGACUUCCUCAUCGAACAGAUACUCGAUGCCUUACUGGAACUUUCGGAGCUCAGUUCUAAAAUUCAGGGACUGGCACAACCAAUGCUCAGUCCUGACGCGGUCGGAGAUGAGGGCAGGUUGGUCGACGUUGCCAUGUUGGACAACAAAUUGAAAUCUUGGUACAGCUCGCUGCCUCCACGGCUGACCUGGACUCCGGAAAAUGUCCAAGACGCACCACGGGCGUUCUUCUUGAUUCAUCAACAGUACCACGUGUCUCAACUCGUCCUCUAUGGUCCUUACGGGAGGUACGAGGACGCCGUAGGAGUAGAGCCUGCCAAGUCACCUGGCGCCGCAGAGAAAUCCUCCGAGACCAGCGAAUCCAAUUGGAUGCGCGACAUGGCCCGAUCCAUUACGAUGAAGGCCGCGAUGAACAUCGUCCGUGGCUUCACGAGCUACCGUCAAAAAUUCGGCACGUGCCAAACAAACGUGUUCGCUCUUCAACAAGCCGGCACUGCGUUCUUGGCUCUGAUGUGCAGUACCAAAGCCAGCACCGAGAGGGAGAAGCGGAUAAUGGGCUUACAGCAUCUGUACUGGCUGAUGGAGCAGCUGCGAGAAAUGUCUCACAUUUGCUACCCGGCGCAGAUAAUGUGCCGUGUCAUCAAGCACGAGAUGGAACAACUUGGACUCGACUUUGCAGAGCUGCCAGCACCACCAUAUACUCAAGGGUAUAACGCAACCGCGUUGUCGACGACUGCUGAUCGAGGCACAAAAUCUCCACCAUCCUCAUCCUUUGACGCAGGCCCUACGAGGAAACGACCUCGUCUCUCCACGGGACAAGAUGAUCCCGCCGCCACCAUUACAGUACUCCCUCACUCUAGUCUGACCCAGAACAUGCCCUCCCCCAGCAAUCCAUCACUGAAUCAGUUUCGUGACAUUGGGCAGAAACCUACAUCUCCGUCCUCGCUCAACGUCCUUGACGGUCGACCUUCUGGAACGUCUCCUGGUGACCGAUUUGGGUCGAUGAUGAACAUAGCAGAUCCAGUUCUGGACCUUGGCACGACAGUCCCAAAUUUACCGCCGGACUACUCACAAACGCCGCCGCUGUUCGAUUUUCAAGGCCACAACAUGAUUGGCAACGAUUUCCUUGACUUAUUUCUUCCAAAUUCGCGUUUCCUCGAUGCACUCGACCCUCAUUCGAAGCUUCUUCCAGGCGUAAGACACUUUGGAUAG